AAGUUAAAUGAAAUGGAAUGAAAUGAAAUGGAAUGGAAUGAAAUGAAAAGGAAUUAUAUUGAAUUAAAUUAAAUACGAUAAGACGCAUGUUCGCCGGACUAUUCGAUCGAAGACGCAUCGCGAUCAACUAAAAUCGCGUCGCGAUCGCGAUCCAGAAUCCUCCCGAGCAACUUCGCGUCUCUCCAACAGCAUCGUCGCGGCGAUCGUCGCAUCCGCGCGCGCCGAUAGAAACCGGCAACGAGGACACCGACAAAUUCAUUUGUAUUCCAUCGAUCCCCGUUGAUUAUCCCCUUUCGUGGAUGUAUUAAAAUUCAAGCUCGGCCGAGGCGUCCGGAUCGUCCCCCGGCUCGGCUCGAGACUUAAUGAACACGCUCCGGGCCGAUCCGCUUUUCGCGAGUACACAUCUUUCCGCGAGGCUGCCGUCUCGACGCGACCGUUCCCCGUGAUCUCGAUGGAUUUUCGCGCGAUUUAAAAUUCAAAUUGGCCCGGCCGCAUCGGAAAGACGGGCCCGUCGCCCGCCGUCCCGACACGCUCUCCCCCCCUCGGCGAGCUUUAUGGCGCCGCGAGCCGUCCGGUUGUCGCGCGAAUUCCUCGGCGAUCGAUUAUCGGGGAUCGCGCGGAUCCGUAAUCCCCGGCUGCCCUGAAAUCACGGGGGGUCCCGUGGUGCCGUGAGUUGUGGUUCGCGGUGGUCCAAGAUCGGGACCGGAAGUGGUGGGGGAGAACGAUCCGAGGAUCCAUCUCGCGCGCGGUGAAAGUGCGAGCGCCCGCGAGGAUCCCGUCGCCCCGGCUCCGCGAGCCGCCGCGGAUCUGCUGGAGGAUCGCCGCGAGGAAAUAUGGAGGAGAGGCCUGAAUAAUCGGCCGGCUGAUCCCGGGGAUUGCGAGUGUGGUACAGCCGGUCGUAAAGUCGGACCUGAAGAAUCCAUAAACCUGGUCCGGGGCGGAGCGGAUCGGUGCCGCUGAAUAAACGCAACCCCCGGGCCGGUUUCUUGGUCAAUUUGGAGCCGAUACCAGGGAUGGGGCGCGUUUUACGAGCCGCCGUGCGUCACGUUACACCGAGGGGCCGUGUAACGGACCCCGAAGGGUCGAUCCCGCGCCGCGGCCACCUGACGCGUCCCUGAAGAAGCCGCCCAGCCACUGAAGAAGCUGCCGAGGUCUCGAGCGGCGACUAUGCGGAGCGGGGACCGACGUGGCAGCUGGGUGUCCGCGCUACUGAUCAGGAUUGCGCGCAGCUCGAGGCCAACUGCACCGGCUAGGCGAUGCUUCCACGCCAGUGAACCGUCCAUUCGUCCUGGACCGCGAAAACGCAAAUGUAGCACCGACCGGACGUAGCCACAACGACACCGGAACCAUGGACGGCAACCUGACCGCGUGGACGGGCAAUCUGACCGCGAUGCUGCACCAGGUACCUUGCAACGACAGCUUCCUCGGCUGUCUCGACGACUGCGGCUCCGGCCUCUUCGGAUUCGAUCACCUCUGCAUGGUCGAGAGGGGCAGCUUCACCUCGUCGAUGACGUUGCUCUGCCGACCCUGCGACUACACUUGCGACGUGAACGUCUCGCUGAUACUCAGCGGCCUCGAGAGCAUCGAGGGCGUCUUCUUGUCCAGGAUACCGAGGUUCAGGGAGUGCAACGAGACCGCGUUCGGCACUCAGAUCCUGGAGUGCACACCGUCGGAGAACGCGACCACCGAGGACCUGGCAGUUUCCUGCUCGCACCGAGCGAAACUAAGUUCGACUGCGAGAGGACGUCGCUUCGACUGGAUCUUCCUCUUCGUCGCGGUGUUCAUCGUAGCCGGCGGCCUCGGCAAUAUAUUGGUCUGCCUCGCUGUAGCACUCGACAGGAAGCUGCAUAACGUCACCAAUUACUUCCUUUUGUCUCUGGCAGUCGCGGAUCUCCUCGUCAGCCUGCUCGUCAUGCCGCUGGGCGCCAUACAAGGGUUUCUCGGAUACUGGCCGUUCGGCAUGAUAUGGUGCAACGUGUACGUGACGUGCGACGUACUCGCGUGCUCCGCGAGCAUAAUGCACAUGUGCUUCAUCUCGCUGGGCCGUUAUCUGGGCAUCCGGAACCCGCUCAGGACGAGGCACACCGCCACCAAACGGAUGGUCGGAUUCAAGAUCGCGGCGGUCUGGCUUCUCGCCAUGUUGGUUUCUAGUUCCAUUACAGUGUUAGGUAUAAUCAAUUCCGUGAACAUCAUGCCACGGCCGAGCACGUGCGUGAUAAACAAUCGAACGUUCUUUGUGUUCGGCUCGCUGAUCGCUUUCUACAUCCCCAUGAUCGUGAUGGUGGCCACGUACGUUCUGACGGUGCCGUUGCUGAGGAAGCAGGCGCGUUUCGUCGCGGAACACCCGGAACGGGACCAAUUCCGCAGGGUCGGCGGCAGAUACUCGUCGACGAAGGCAUCGACGACGACAUCCAGCACCGCGUCCCUAGCGACGCGACACGCGUGGAGGAUUUCCGGUGGCGCCGGUAGCGACAGCAGGUUUCUGGCGGGACGGACGAAAGGGAGAAUUCUGGCGGCGAACAUGGUGGCAACGGAGCAGAAGGCUAGCAAGGUGUUGGGCCUUGUAUUCUUCACGUUCGUCCUGUGCUGGGCGCCGUUCUUUCUUCUCAACAUAUUUUUCGCCGCGUGUCCGGAGUGCCCGGUGCCCGGCCACGUGGUGGACACGUGUCUAUGGUUGGGGUACGUGUCCUCCACCAUCAACCCUGUCAUUUAUACUAUCUUCAACAAGACUUUCAGGGCUGCGUUCAUCAGGCUGCUGAAAUGCAAGUGUUCCAGGUUAGCAAGGCCGGAGAGAUAUCGUUCGGUGACGGAAGGUGGACGCAACGCGAUGAGUUUGUGCACACCGACCGCCCUUCCCCUGGCCAUUAGUCUUCAGGGUACGUAGCCGCUGACACCGACGCCGAACCCGACGACGACACCGGCGUCAGGAAGCUCGCGCUUGACGAAGAUGCAUCGCGCAGCCAUGCACCGUGGUGCAACCAUCUCCGCGAACGCGGCCGCUGUCGAAUAACCGAGUUGUGGAACGAUCGGACCGAUCCGGAUGCCAGGCGCUUUAACGGUGCCAUUUUCGUGUUGAUUGCGAAGCGGUCGGCAGGAGAGAACUUUUCCCUGUAAAAUGUUCCAGAAAGUUUUCACAACGGCUGUAAAUGAAACGGACCUUUCACAGCGCCCCGCCCCCUUCCCCCACCCCGAUAAACCCGGUGAAUUUGUGUUCGCGACGGAGGACAACACACGCGGCGUUUCGGUGGAAAAGUUGCAACGACGGUGGCGCCAUCGGUGGCCGCGCGCGCAACCGCGGUGUGUACAUAUACGAUCCGUAAUUCGAGAGCGAGUUUGCUUAUAACAAUCAUUGAAAGUCACUGUACACUCCCCGCUCCCCCCUCCCCCACGUGACUCACCCUCUCGUGCUCGGAACUUCGGACCCGUCACGAAACUAUGUAACUACAAACUGUGUGAUCCGUGGUGUGCGGAGGAACACGCGUGUGCGGAUGCGAUAAUGAAUUUCGAUCGAUCGAAGAGCUUGUCUUGCGGGAGAAUGAUUCUCUUGAAAUAAGAGAAAUGGUCUGUACCUAAAACGUCGAACCAAAGAUUAAACGAUAAGUUCAAGUGUGUACGUAGAGAGGGUAUAAAAGAGCAGAAUUGACGAAAUAAAAUGUAAACUCUUUAAUUAUCGACACCGAUGUUUUCGUUCGAACUCGAGACGAGGAAAAAAUUGAGGAAAAUCGACGGUACCUUAUGAAGAAACACUCCCGUUUCGCCUUCAUUUGUACUAACUUUUAUUUGACAAAUAAAAAGUAUCCAUUACAAAUAA